UGUUACCCGGAGGACAGGCCAUUGGUCACGUGUUGGGAGACUGGGGGAGCUCUACGAAAGCGUGUAAUUAUUCAGCAGAAGCCCCACGAUAACUAGGCCUGAAUCAAUCCUACACACCAACGCUCAUCUUCGCGGAGACAGUCCACGGAACUACGAGAUGAACAGAAUCAUAUACACCCAGAGCUGUCUGAGAGUCAGAACUGCAGUGCCGUCUGUAUGUUUGCAGACGGUCUCCACAGCGACGAAGCGAGUAUUAGCCCGAGAAUUUUCGGGUUUGGCCACUACAAACUAUGCUGCGAAAGACAGCAGAAUAAGACAAAAGACAUCAAGCCAUUUACUAGCAAAGCCGUACAGCGGCCGUCGGAAUGUGUCUAUGGAGGCUCAGAAGACUGGGGCGAAUGAAAACGGACCGGCUGCGAAGACGUUCAUGUCUUCGAAAUUAGCCUCGCCUGAUGCGCCUCCGAAGGUGCCGUCGAUAACUAAUCCUCGCAAGGAUGAGAGCGGGAAUGAUAUGCUUGUUUACAUUACUCCGCGAGCUUCAAAGAAAUUACUUGAAAUCAUGAAGACCGAUAAUAACCCGAACGUGUUCCUCCGAGUGAUUGUCGAGAGCGGUGGAUGCCACGGCUUCCAAUACUUGAUGGGCUUGAAGGAGGACUAUAACCCAGAAGAAGACAUUAUUUUCGAACUUGACGGUGCGCGGGUCGUCAUGGACGAGAUGUCGCUCAGCAUUUUGAAGGAUUCGACUGUUGACUAUACGACCGAACUGAUCGGAAGUCAGUUCAAGGUCGUGAAUAAUCCUCGCGCAAGUUCGAGCUGCGGAUGCGGUUCAAGUUUUGAUAUCGAUUUGGGUGCCUAGUUGAAUUUCCUUGUAUGCACGGAUUCUCUUGCGCUGACAUAUGUCGACAUCACGAACCGUCUACAUAUCGUUUCAUUUUUUACAUUUUCUUCUCUCACUCUUUAUUUUUGUGCCUUUCUAAACUACUAUUAUAGUAGAGGGUUUGGCGUUUGAUGGUUUGCAUAUACGAAAUUCAAGUCUCGAUAAUCAGAGACGAAGAAGACUGCGAAGUCUGCGCGGUCUGUUUUAUGUUUGUAUAUAAUACACUUGGCUAUAUCGAGGAUGUUUGACAAACGAACUGUAAACGAAUCUGUAAUAUUCCGUAAAGCAAUGACCUGCCUAUAGAUUUUUCGAUCAGCAACAUAUGGCAGAGCUGUUCAACAACAUAUGG